AUGACUUAGAAAAAGAAAGAAAGAGAGUUUUAGAGACAACCUUUGUCCAUUCUCAUUUCUUCCACCUUUACAAAUUUCCCUUUCCUUUUUAUUCUUCUCGUUUACAAAAAAAGAGGCAUUUGGCAUCGUUGUUCUGCUCUUCACUUAAUUUAUUGUGUUGGAAUGUUGGUUUUGUGUGUUGAAGAUUAAGGUGGAAGUGGUUCUCAAUGGAUUGGAAGAGAACUACUUUGAAGAACUAUGGACUGGUUUUAUUGGGAUUUUUGUUGAUAUGUGUAAUUCAGAUUUCAAAUGCUCUCACUGAUCCCACGGAUGUUGCUGCACUUAAUAGCUUACAUGCUUCACUGGGAUCUCCUCUUCUACCUGGAUGGGUUUCAAGUGGUGGAGAUCCAUGCGGAGAAGGGUGGCAAGGCAUUCAAUGUAAUGGUUCCUUCAUACAAAAAAUUGUUCUGAAUGGUGCAAAUUUGGGAGGAGAACUCGGUGAUAGUCUGGCAACAUUUGUUACAAUCUCAGUAAUCGAUCUGAGUAACAAUAACAUUGGAGGAAGUAUUCCGUCCAGUUUGCCAGUUACGAUGAGAAACUUUUUUCUUUCAGACAACCUGUUUACCGGAAGUAUUCCAACGUCUUUAGCCACUUUAAGCGGAAUGACAGACAUGUCUCUUAACAACAAUCAUUUAACUGGAGAAAUACCAGAUGCGUUUCAGUCAUUUACACAAUUGAUCAAUCUAGAUUUAUCUAGUAAUAAUCUGAGUGGGGAACUGCCUCCUUCGGUGGAGAAUUUGUCAUCUUUGACCACCCUACGCUUGCAGGAUAAUCAACUAUCUGGGACACUUGAUGUUUUACAAGACCUUCCUCUGAAAGAUUUGAAUGUCGAGAACAACCAAUUUGUUGGCCCAAUACCUCCAAAGCUGCUAAGUAUCCCUAACUUCAGACAAGCUGGAAAUCCAUUUAAUGAUAAUACCACGGUAACUCCUGCUCCUCCACCUCGCUCCCCAGUAACAGCACCGCCAGGAGCACCUCCCGGAGAACCUUCAGGAGCACCUCCAGGAACACCGCCAGGAGCACCAUUUUUUGUUGUACCAUCUGGUCCUGGUCGUGUACCUCCUAAAAAGGCUGAUGGACCAACUGCAGCGGUUGAGUCAAAUUCUGGGAAAUCAAACAAACAUACCAAAAGGGUAGUUUUAAUAUCUAUUGGCAGUGUUUUGGCAUUCAUAAUUUUGGUACUAGCACUCGUUCUAUUUAUUCCAAGAUGUGGUAAAAGGGAACGAGUUGACCGAAGGUCCAAACGACAUCAAAUUGGUGCUUUUGGAGGUGAAAGGCAACAAAAUCCUAGGGAUUUAGGGGCUAUAGUCCUACCACCUAAUCAAACAGACAAAGUACCGACCCGUGAUGUCUUGAGGCCAAAUAACGACCGCCAAGAAGAGCCUAGGAGAGCGUGGGCUGUUCCGAUUCCAAAUGCACAGGAUAAGAAAGAGAAGGAUGUGCCAAGAAUGGCGACAAUACCAAAGCCGAGAGAUCAUGAGAUUGAUAUGAGUACACCAGAAGUAUAUUUUGUGCCUCCGCCGCCGCCGCCGCCGCCCCCUCCUCCUCCGCCACCGCCACCCCCACCUCCUCCUCCCCCUCCUACUAUGAGGAUGAUUGUUGAGCCAGCCAUUCCCCACAGAGGGACUAAUGUUAAUCCAUCCUUAAGAAGUUCAAUUUUUCCUCCUACUUUUGCAAAAUCUUUCACCAUUGCAUCCCUUCAACAGUAUACAAAUAGCUUUUCUCAAGAAAAUCUUAUAGGAGGAGGCAUGUUGGGCACUGUGUACAGGGCAGAGCUUCCUGAUGGGAAGUUGUUUGCUGUAAAGAAACUAGACAAAAGAACCUCUGUUCACCAGAAGGAUGAUGAGUUUCUUGAAUUGAUUAAUAAUAUUGACAGAAUAAGACAUACAAAUAUUGUUGAGCUUAUUGGAUACUGUUCAGAGCAUGGACAAAGGCUUCUGAUCUAUGAGUACUGCAGUAACGGGUCACUAUAUGAUGUACUCCACUCAGAUGAUGAAUUCAAAGCAACACUAUCAUGGAAUACUCGCAUUCGGAUGGCACUUGGUGCAGCUAGAGCCUUAGAAUAUUUGCAUGAGCAAUGUCAGCCCCCUGUGGUACACAGAAAUUUGAAGUCCGCCAAUGUUCUCCUUGAUGAUGAUCUAUCUGUGCGUGUAUCUGAUUGUGGUUUAGCUCCAUUAAUAGCUUCAGGUUCUGUAACUCAGCUCUCGGGUAACCUGCAAUCAGCUUACGGUUAUGGAGCUCCAGAGUUUGAAUCAGGAACUUACACUUACCAAAGUGACGUUUACAGUGUUGGAGUUGUUAUGUUAGAACUUUUAACCGGCCGUCAGUCCCAUGACAGCACACGUCCACGAGGGGAGCAAUUUCUUGCUAGAUGGGCGAUUCCCAAACUUCACGAUAUCGAUGCAUUAUCAAAAAUGGUCGACCCUUCUUUAAAUGGAGUUUACCCUGCAAAGUCAUUGUCAAAUUUCGCAGACAUUAUUUCACGAUGCCUUCAGCCGGAGCCUGAAUUUAGACCAGCAAUGUCAGAAGUUGUCUUAUACUUACUAAAUAUGAUAAAGAGGGAGUCUCAGAAAAGUGAUUCAAAUGAAAAAUGACAAAGAUGGUGAUAUUUGUUCAUGAAUUGAUGUGUAAAGUUUUAGCUACUGUCUUAAGAUUAUUGUGCAUAAGCAUAGAUAGAUAUCAAUCAUUAUACUCAUGUUACCAAAGGAAGGCCCCAUUUGUUGUCUCCACACUUUAUACUUCUUGCUAACCUGCUCGACAUUCAUAGGUUCGUCGUAGUGUUUUUUAUCUGUUAAUUUCUAGUUCAUUAUACCAUGACAUGACAGUGCUGCAUA